GUGAUUUGAACCAGCCAACUGGCAUUGGCAACGGCCCAUCCAGCCGCGAUCACAAGAACUUGAAGAAGGAACUCGAGGGCUUCCGUUGGUGAGGAUCGACAGGAGGAGCCAGAGGAUCAGGGCGGCAUCUUUUAUGCUGUGGAUGAGGCGUUGGGCCACCUAGGAAAGGACGUCUGGUGGCAGAGCAGUCUGCAAAUCAAAGAUGACAGCAACCGAGCAAGAUGCGGGCAGACAUUUACAAUCUGCGCCCUACAGAAGCCUGAUUUGAGCUCAAUGGACAUCACCCAACCUCCUGAUUGCCAGACCAGUGUUUCGACCUGAAGAACUGGAUGCCUGCCCUAGGCAGCAAGCACCAUCAUCCACCAUCUGGCACUGUUUCUUCUUUCACUGACAAUCUUGAAUGGUCCAAGAAACCUUUUGAAUAAUAAUUUCUUGAAUUCAGCUGCUCUUGAUUACUCCUCAAAGACGCUUGUGAGUAACUCUAGUGCUCUGAGAGUUGUGGCAUCUCCGAUACAUAAUGGAGGGCCCCAGCAGUAUAAAAACCAAGAGCAGGGGUGGUAGCGGGGGUGAGAGCGGAAGCAUGUCCCCGACCAUGAAUAGGCAGCGCGUGAAGCAGGAUGUUUGUGAGGAGGUAUACAAAAGGUUGGCCGAGUACGGGGAUGCGUCUGUCAACACACCUGGAUUUAUCGAGGAACUGCAGGCACAUUUCAACAGGCUGCCAACAAGGUAUGCUCUUGACGUAAACACAGAGCGAGCAGAAGACGUCCUCACUCACAAGAAGCUUCUUGAAUUGGCAAAGGAUCCUGCAACUCGUCCAGCCUUCUUUGUCAGAGCGGUACAUCUAGUCCCAGUGAAUGACUUCAAUGAUGGUUCCUCUGAUUCGUCACUCAGAGGGUCUCCUCCAGGAGAGAGCGAUGAUGUGGCGGUACACCCGGCUGUGCGGAGGUUGAGUGUGCAUCCACCUCCUGCGUUUGGUUCCUCGCCCAACCUGGAGGCCCUGGCACUGGAUCUGAACAAGUCUGCCCCAGAUGCUGACGAAAAAGGGUCCGUUGGGCAACCAUCUCCCACAAGUUCCAGGGCGCCCCAUGCGCCAAUGCACGAGGUGACCAUCUCUACUGUGGACAAGCCAAAGCUGCUGAGUCAGUUGUCGGCUCUCUUGGCAGAUGUUGGGCUGAACAUCCGGGAAGCACAUGUUUUCUCCACUGUGGAUGGCUACUCACUUGACGUGUUCGUUGUGGACGGCUGGUCAACUGAGGAUGUCCAAGAGUUGCAGUCUCAUCUGAAAGCCCGACUGACGGAGAUGGAGAACGGCAAGUACGCAAAGGCGCCCGCGGUGGGCCUGCCUGCAGCUGUUAUUCCUCCUACUGUGCCAAGUGGACAUGUGCGGAUCCCAAGUGACGGAACCGACGAUUGGGAGAUUGACAGCAGCCAGCUGAAGCUCCUUCACAAGGUGGCUUCAGGGUCCUUCGGGGACCUGUUCAGAGGAUCGUACUGCGGCCAGGAUGUGGCGAUCAAGAUUCUGAAGCCGGAGAGACUUAACGAAAACCUGCAGCAGGAAUUCGCUCAGGAAGUUUACAUCAUGCGGAAAGUGCGGCACAAGAACGUUGUGCAAUUCAUUGGGGCAUGCACGAAGCCUCCAAAUCUGUCUAUUGUUACAGAGUUCAUGUCGGGAGGCAGUGUUUACGACUACCUGCACAAGCAGAAGGCAGCUAUCCGAUUGCCUCUGCUCUUGAAGAUUGGGAUCGACGUGUCGAAGGGCAUGGACUACCUGCAUCAGAACAACAUCAUUCACAGGGACUUGAAGGCGGCAAACCUGCUCAUGGACGAAAACGAUGUGGUCAAGGUGGCCGACUUUGGGGUGGCCCGGGUCCAGGCGCAGAGCGGGAUCAUGACGGCCGAGACAGGAACAUACCGCUGGAUGGCGCCCGAAGUCAUUGAGCAUCGGCCUUACGACAAUAAGGCAGAUGUGUUCAGUUUUGGGAUUGUUCUGUGGGAGCUGCUGACUGGAAAGUUGCCUUACAGCGAUCUGACGCCGCUCCAAGCGGCAGUUGGCGUGGUUCAGAAGGGGCUUCGGCCGACGAUCCCCAAGACGUGCCACCCCAAGCUGGCUGAGGUCAUGCACCGGUGCUGGUCGACCAACCCGUCGGAGCGGCCCGAGUUCUCGGAAGUGACAAAGCUGCUGCAGGACGCGCUUAAGUCGGUUGAGGAGGAUUCCGACCUGGAGAAGAGGAAGGAAAAGAAGCCUGGUGGCUUCUUCUCGGCUCUGAAGCGGCGAUAGAAUCAGCAUUUGUGAGACACUUCGGAAAGGUUUUAGGACAGCCUUGUAGUAUUUGUAUAGAAACGGCGGCCACACAAGCACAGGAGCAGGCAAGGGGAGAUCGAGUAUUUUUGGGCAGAGCGAACUUUCUGUUCAUCAGAUGCUCAGUUUGUCAAGGCCCAUCGGCUAGUUUUGCCAAAGCGCUCAGGGGCCAGGUGCAGGUACGACAUGACUUGCUGAUUGAUUCCAUCCUUAAUUAUAGCCUGGCUGGCUACAUGCUUGCACUUCGUUUGAUGUUUGAUCUUAAGCCGAGAUAGUGGAUUUGAACGCACCAUUGGCUCCCUUCGUCUGUG